AAUGCAUUGUGGGUAGGUCAGGAAGCGCCGGUGGAGGACGCCAUGUGCUUCUGUUAGAGGAGGACCGACAGCCAGUCAGUCUCAGUCACACACACACACACACACUGCUCGGUCGCCCACGGAAUCGGGUCAUGAUGUAUUGCAGCAGACACUGCGUCCGGAUCGCGCUGCGGGCCGCGGCAAACACACACCGACACAAGCUACAGACGACAGCACUGUGUGCCCUGCGAACGCUCAAGACCGGCCCUGUCAGUGCGUCCGGUGCCAUUACUACGCCUCCUCUUGAUGGGGCACCCAAGCAAUACUCGCCCAAAAUCCAACAGCUCGUCAGUGACAUCGCCAACCUCACGCUCAUAGAAGUGUCCGACCUCAACGAGUUACUAAAGAAAACGCUGAACAUUCAGGAUGUUGGAAUGAUGGCGAUGGGCUCAGUGGCAGCAAUACCAUCCGCAGAGGCGGUAGAGGAGGACGUGGCACCUGCAAAGAAAGAGAAAACACAUUUUACAGUCAAACUGACAGAACUAAAGGCGGCUGAUAAAGUCAAACUGAUUAAAGAAGUGAAGAACUGCAUGGAGGGAAUAAAUCUUGUACAGGCUAAGAAGCUUGUGGAGUCCCUACCUCAGGAGAUCCGGGUUAAUGUGUUUAAAGACGAGGCAGAGAAACUGAAAGCAGCACUUGAAGCGGCGGGAGGCACUGUGGUGCUGGAGUGAAUAUCUGCCCUGGCUCUUUACUUCAAUUGUUAC